GCGGCUGCGGCCGCCCCCGCCCGCCUCAGAGAGCGGCGCCGGGAGGUGAGACAGUGCCCGGGAGGUGACUGAGUGGCCUGGAGGUGCUGCCAACACCCCGAUCCUGCUGCAGAGCCUCCACCCUCACCAGCCUUCCUCCUCUUCCUCCUCCUGCUGCCCUCGAGGGCCUGCGAGCAGCCAGCCGAGCUCUGCCGAGCAGCCAGCAGGAGCCUGACGGGCCCAUCUGCCCUGUCCUGCAGCCCCAUGGCCGGGAACGCUGAGAUGGCAUCUCUGGAGGAGAGCUUCCGUAAAUUCGCCAUCUACGGUGACACCAAAGCAACGGGGCAGGAGAUGAAUGGGAAGAACUGGGCUAAGCUGUGCAAAGACUGCAAAGUCACCGACGGCAAAAGCGUCACCAGCACUGAUGUGGACAUUGUCUUCUCCAAGGUGAAAGGGAAGACAGCCCGUGUCAUCAACUAUGAGGAGUUCAAGAAGGCGCUGGAAGAGCUGGCCCCCAAGAGGUUUAAGGACAAGAGCAAAGAGGAGGCGUAUGAAGCCAUCUGCCAGCUGGUGGCAGGGAAGGAGCCCAUUAACGUGGGCGUCACGAAAGCCAAGACAGUGGGAGCCGUGGAGAGGCUGACGGACACCUCCAAGUACACGGGCUCCCACAAGGAGCGCUUCGACGAGAGCGGCAAGGGCAAGGGCAAGAGCGGGCGGGAGAACAUCGUGGACACCAGCGGCUACGUCAGUGCCUACAAGAACGCGGGCACCUACGACGCCAAAGUCAAAAAGUAGGGACGGGUGCCCGUGGCGCCACCGCCCCGGUCCCUGCGCGCCGGCCGUGGGGUCGGUGCUCAGCCCCGGGCCGUGCCCGUCAGUGGGGCCCCGGAGGCUGCGCUGGGGCCAGCCCCAGGCUGGCGGGAUGUCGGCCGCCCAGCGCUGGGGGCAUUGGGGAAGUCGCCGGGCUCUGCCCCAGCGCUGCGUCCGUCCCACCCUGUGCUGUGAUCCCCCCGCCCCUCCUGUGUCCCCCCGUGCUGUCACCCCCAGCCCCACACCGCACUAACAGCGCUGCUCCUCAGGGCUCCCCUGCCCCGCCGGCACCAGACCUUCCCUACCUCAGCCCCGGCUUUCGGGGCACCCUCCCUUGUCCCGCCGGGGACCGCAGCCUGUCCUCCGCUCUCCGGGGACCUGCCUUAACCCCGCACCAGUCACACCGCAGCCGCCUCCUCCUUUCCGCACCUCGCCCUCCCCUCGAGGCUGCCCGGCUUUGCCGCUUGGCCAGCGCCGCGGGAGGCUCGGACCCCGCGGGGCUGCCGGUGCCGGGGCGCUCCUGGCCCAGCCCCGGGAGAGUUCGGUGUUGCCUGGCCAUCGGCAAAGGUCUCCGACCUGAAUCCCCGUGGCCUCCCGCUGCCUUCGUGAAGCCCAAACCAAAGGAUGCUGCAGACCCACGCUGUAACCCGGCUCUGCAAUAAACCCCGUCCGCACUGAC